GCCCGCCAUUACCACUGAGUUUUGGCGGGAGGGAUGGAGAGAGACAUGGAGGAAGUGGAGGGAGGAGAAGAAGGUGCGCCCGUGGCGGCGGAGGAGUACCCGGUGUGGAAGAAGAACACCCCUUUCCUCUACGAUCUCGUCAUCUCCCACGCCCUUGAGUGGCCCUCCCUCACCGUCCAAUGGCUCCCCUCCUCCUCUUCCUCUUGCGGUAGCGCCGCCACCCAUCGUCUCCUCCUCGGCACCCACACCUCCGACGAGGCCCCCAACUUUCUCAUGGCAGCCGACGUCCUCUUCCCGUUCCCGUACCCGCCUCCUCCCGAAGCCCCAAUCCCAAAGGUUGAGAUCUCGCAGACCAUUCCCCACCGGGGAGAGGUCAAUCGUGCCCGCUUUAUGCCGCAGAGACCCUCGAUCGUGGCCACCAAGACGUGUGGCGCGGAAUUACGCGUGUUCGACUGUGGGCAGCGGCCGCCGAGGCCAAUCGACGGUACGGAUGCUGGACCGGAUCUCGUGCUGAGGGGUCAUGCCACGGAAGGUUAUGGGGUGUCCUGGAGUCCCCUCAAGGAGGGCUAUCUCUUGAGCGGAUCGUACGAUUUCAAGAUUUGUUUGUGGGACGUGGGAAUGUCUCCAGGGGAGAAGCUUCUUGACGCAAAGCAUGUGUUUGAGGCUCAUACUUCUGCUGUUGAAGAUGUUGCGUGGCACUUGAAGAAUGAAAACAUAUUUGGGUCUGUUGGAGAUGACCAUCUUUUGAUGAUAUGGGACCUGCGCUCAUCAUCUUUGAAAAAGCCUCAACACUUGGUUACAGCUCAUGAAGACGAGGUCAAUUCUCUAUCAUUUAAUCCAUUUAAUGAGUGGGCUCUGGCGACAGCAUCUUCAGACUCAACCAUCAAACUAUUUGAUCUAAGAAAACUGACAACAAGCUUGCAUACCUUCUCCAGUCACACGGGAGCAGUGCUUCAAGUAGAAUGGAGCCCAAGACAUGAAACUGUUUUUGCUUCAUCUGCUGCUGACAAAAGGCUGAUGAUUUGGGACCUUUGCAGGAUUGGAGAUGAACAAACAGUUGAAGAUGCUGAUGAUGGACCACCCGAGCUUCUUUUUGUCCAUGGAGGUCACACCGCAAAGAUAUCAGAAUUCUCAUGGAACCCUGAGCUGCCAUGGGUCAUUGCCAGUGCGGCAGAAGAUAACAUUCUUCAAGUCUGGAAGAUGGCCGAGAGCAUUUAUCGAGAUGAUUAUGAUUCACAAGAUGACAAUGAUCAUUAAGCAAUAUGCUACCUCAAUCGUCUAAUAGCUUUCUUCUUUUUCUGAAGUUUGAGUGGGGUGAAGCGAAACACAUAACUUGAUCUUUUUCAAUCGUGAUUUGGACAGUCAGGCUCUGAUCCUGCAAGUUAAACUUCUGAGCUAGUUUUAUUCAACUUCUUGGUAGGUGGGUGCAUAGACAGAGCAGCAGUGGAAUUGGCAUUGGCAAAGUUGGCUUCCAAGAAUGACCCAAAUGGAACUCUUGGUGAGCUUUUGGCAAGUGUUUUUAGUCUGUUGAGACAAGCUGUGUACUAUAACUUAGUUGCUGGUGUGUUUCCAAAUUAUAUGUGACUAUCAAUGCAUUAUUAUUGUUGCAGUA